AUGAUUACCUUUAUUCCCUUUCCUCAUCACACACACUCGAUUCCAGAAACAAUCUGGACUGAUGCCAAACAAGUCUGGAUAACCCAACUCAACACCCUUUUGGACACCUCUGACGAAGAGUUUAGCGAUGAGUGGAUCAAUAAUACCAGUCUUAGUACUCUCCUGACCUCUAUUCUCGACGUCCAGAUGGACAAAACGCCAAUCGAUCCUGCACUCUCCCGCGCCGUGUUUGUCCUCUACGUACGCGCGGCAUCCUUGUUAUCCAAGGGGCGGAUCGAACUUGCAGCAAGUCCUUUGUUUUCAUCCGGCCAGCUCACAAGCUUUGCAGCCGUCUACAACUCCUCCAACCCAGUAACUGUUCGCCAAAUUUUUUCCCAACUGCUAGACAACAGUCCGAUGAUCUCCGGGCACAUCAAAGAAUCUUUGACUCUCUUGACAGAUUGUCUUGUCGGCCUCCCAAAGGCAAUUUCGACGCAACCAAAAAGACAGACUCUGGAGAGAGCAUUUGUAGUCUGUCGCCUGUUAGAUGUCCUAGUGUCGGCUACCUUGUAUAUAGACGGCUUCUUCAUAAGGCACGAUAUUGAAAAAAGAGUCUUGGAGUGCUACCACAGCCUUGAAACUAUCUAUCAGUCAGUCUCAGCAGAAUCAAAAGACCACCCGUUCUUUUAUCACCUCAAGUAUGCAUUGGUCUCUACCUUCAACAGUCUGAUGGAUCGACGCUUCUUUUUAUUACUUGGAUUUGUCACCGACACUCAUGACCCGACCCAGCUGAUUCCUUUGACACCUUCUUCUUCCUCUUUUGGUAAAACUAUUGAAAAUCUGUCAAGCGACAAAGACGCAAUAGUCGACCAUUGGAGUAAGUACAUUCUGGAACUGAUAGAAAAUGAUGGUCUGGAAGGUGGUAAAGGCAUCUUUGAGGAUGCGCCAAUGGUCAUGGAUUGGGAGGUUGCAUUCUGUGCCUCCGCAAAGCUGGAUAUAGUCAACAGUUCAUUGUGGGGUGGAGAAGAUGAGCGGAUAGAAUUCCUCAAGAUGUCGAUGCAGCAGGUCCGAGACAUGAGCCAAGGAAUAUCACCGUGGCACUCGGCUAUACCAAAGAAACCCAAGAAAAAUAAGCAGCAGACAAAGUCACGGACAACAAAUCAUAGCAAUAACACUAUUGAGUCGGCAGAGGGUGAUAACCAUGUGUAUGCAGAUGCGGAUGCGGAUGCAAAUGUAGAACAAAUGACAUUUGUUUCUCAGGUUUUGGAUGUAUUUCCUGAUCUGGGUAUCGGGUUUAUCGAAGCAUGUCUGGAAGAAAACCAGAAUGACCCUGAACGAGUUGUGAUGCAAUUGCUAGAGGAUACCCUUCCACCAUCAUUAGCUACUUUGGACCGUUCAAUGAAGAGACAAACACCGAAAGAAAAGAAAUCCGCUCAAGUGGAAGCCUCUCCACAUGGUGCGGCUGAUUAUGAAAAGGAAAACUUAUUGGAUUCACGACGUAAUAUCUUUGACAAUGAUGAGUUUGACAUGCUACGACACAGUGUUGACAAAACAAAGAUUCACCUAGGAAAGAAAACAGAUGUAACCGCAAAAUCGGUUAUAGACGACAAGAGCUUUGUGGAUAGUCAAAAGUCUAAUCUUUUGCAACGGGUGGUCAACAUGUAUGAAGAGGAUUAUGAUGAUACCUACGAUGAUGUAGAUUACGUUGGAGGUGCCGUUGGGUCUGGUGCAGUAGAGGACAACGAAGAUGUUGCGAAACCUAAAAAAGAGAUUGUGGAUCCAAAUAUCCUCAAUGAGAGUGAUUUGGUGCAUUGGUUUACAAGCGAUCCCGAAAGCUUUGCACGCUCUCCUGUUGUACGCAGGUCUGCAAAGCGAACAAGCAUGAGAGAGAAGACACAUAUGACAGACGAACAACUAGAAGGCUGGGCAGUUAUGUUUGCCAGAAAUCCUCGUAAACAACGUAUUCUGGACAAGUAUGCCCUAUUCGAUGGUAGUCAGGCUCAAGUUUCCUCUCAAGUGUCAGAGGCACAAAAGAAGGAGCAGCUAAAGAACAAAAAGGAUAACCGACCUCCACCCACAGAAGCCAAAGACAGAUCCUACAAGGACAAAAACAAAGCCAGAUUCGGAAACCACAACCGUAAAAAGAUGCACGAUAAGAAGUUGGUUAAAGCUGGUGGUGCUGGUCCUAUUGCCUAA